AUGGAUCAGGUGCAGCUGAAAUCGAAUGAUGGAGAAAUGUUCACCAUCGAGUCGUACAUUUUGGCAGGGUCCGCGGUGUUACAGGAACGAUUGGAGAAGCUGCAGACACCCACGAUUGAAAACGCAAUCUUAGUUGUCCCCGAAGCUAAUGCGUAUUUGUUAAAGCUGAUGCUCGAAUGGCUUGGCAAUCACAAAGAGCAGGAUGCGGAAAACACGCCCGAAGAGGAGACGAACGAAAGCGGAGACAAAGAGAUUUCCAACAACCAAGAGCCGGCAGAGUGUAACAACCAGCAGAACGACGGUAUCGGUGACUGGGAGCAAGAGUUCUUUACCCGCAACCUGGAGUCCAUUCUGCUCGUUAUGGCCGUGGCCAAAAGGUUAAGCAUUUCUUCGCUGCUCACGGUUGCCGGGCGCUUUGUGUUUGCCUGGAUAAGGGUUUUCCAUGGUCUGUAA